AUGAUGAACGAUAUUCAGAUUACUUCGAAUACAUGUGUCAUAUCUCCCGAAGUCGAACUGUAUUAUGAAAUACGUUCGUCACCUAACGUUUCCUCUGAACACAGUCUCAAAAUGAUUAUGGUUAUGGGUGCGUUUGCAACUAUGAGGCACUUCGAAGAACAAGCAAAUUAUCUUGUAAAUCAUUUUUCUUCAUUGCAAAAAUCCAUCGAAAUUCUAACAUAUGAUCAUCGUGGUAUUGGCAAAUCCACCUGUACUCGACCUGAACGGCAAACAUCUCGUAUGUUAGCAAACGAUGCAUAUCUAUUAAUCAAUGAAGUUUGGGGGAAGAACUCUUCCGUCCACGUCUUUGGUGCAAGUCUUGGUGGAAUGGUUGCACAAGAAUUAGCAUUACUUUUAGUAUCCGAACGUCGUCUUCGAUCACUAUAUCUUGUCGCUACAUCCCGUGGUACUUAUAUUCGACCAUUAGCAUUUGGCCCUGGUGUAUGGUCAAAAUUGAUGCCGUUCCUGAUCAAAAAAGAUCGAGAACAUAUGAUUCGGAAUGUUCUUCUUCCUGCGGCAUUUUCGCCGGAGACUUUGGCAACUCGAGGUGAAACAUAUGCGACACUUUGGUUAAACGAAUACGACCAAUGGUGGGCAUUUGACAAUCAACAAGCGUGUGCUUGUCAAGCGUCGGCAGCUGCUAGUCAUUAUUUGUCAAACGAAGGAGUGCAAAUUAUACGUGAUGCGAAUAUACCAAUUACUGUACAAAUUUCCACUCGGGACAAAUUAAUACCGCCAAAAAAACAGCACGAAUUAGCACGAAUAUUGAAAGCACAAUCAGUUGUGUUCGAUCAAGGUCAUAUGGGCGACGAUCACGUCAAAGAACAGAUCUACCGAUCGAUGAUCAAUCAUUUUGAAAAUGCAUAG